GUUGAGUUCAAUUAAGAGACCAUGUCCGCCAUCAGCCAUCUGCACUACAAUAUCCGCUCAUUUAAAACAAAUUCCUCGUGAUAUAGUGGUUACACGCGACAUCAAGAAUGACCAGCUCGGGUGCUGUUCAGGUCAAAUUAGAACUUGGUCAUCGUGCUCAGGUCAGAAAGAAACCGACUGUUGAAGGCUUUACGCACGACUGGCUGGUGUUUGUCCGGGGACCAGAGCACAGCAAUAUACAGCAUUUUGUGGAAAAAGUAGUUUUUCACCUGCACGAAAGCUUCCCGAAACCCAAAAGAGUGUGCAAGGAUCCACCCUACAAAGUGGAGGAGUCUGGAUACGCCGGUUUUAUAUUACCCAUUGAAGUGUACUUCAGAAAUAAGGAAGAACCUAGGAAAGUACGUUUUGAUUACGACCUGUUCCUGCACCUGGAAGGCCACCCACCUGUCAAUCAUCUGCGCUGUGAGAAGCUUACCUUCAACAACCCCACAGAGGAAUUCCACAGAAAGCUUCUGAAAGCCGGAGGGCAACGGGAUCCUCACAAAAGUAGUUUUGAGAAUUCUAAAGUAAUGGUUUUGCAGGAAGAAGCCACUUUUGGGCAGCACCUCAAGCUGUCGACACUUCCAAGCAACUCUUUGACUGUGAGUCUCUCAGAGUCUAAGAAGAACAAAUCUUUCCAGCAGGAAAAGGAUGGGACUAAAGGAACCAACACAGCGCUCCUCACCACAACCACCACCAAUAGUAACAGAUUCUCCAAACUCCACAAACCCUUCAAGGACCACAAGGAAAAACCUUUGAAAGACUGUAAAGAACCCAAAAGUGCCUUCAAAGACUGUGGCAGUGAACCUAGCAGCAAAGCCUCCAAAGAUUCCAGGAAACCCAAAGAGAACCAACCACUUAGGGAUACAGAGUCGAACCCAAAGAUGGGCUUUAAGGAGCCCAAGUCUUUGUCCAAGGAACAUCGGACCGAGCUCGGCCUCUCCUAUGGGACUGGCCCAGGGAUCAGCAAGCGACUGUUGGUGUCCAAUAAUGAGGACAACGUGACCAAAAAGCGCAAGAAGGGUUUCUUGGAGUUACCGGUGAAAGCGGGAACGGGCACAGCCUCCCUGCCGCACCCACAUCAUGUGGAGAAGAAACUGCUGAAGGACAAAUCUCAGAUACGCAUGGCAAAACAGCGGACAGACACAGUGGAAAUGACAGACAGUAGACGAGCACCUACGUUACCACAAUUUCAGGAGCUAGUGGACCCUAAUGACUCGGACAUGGAGGGCAACAUAUACACCAAAUCAGAGUCAAAGCAGCCUAGCCCUGCCAGCUCAAGUUCAAGUUCUAGCUCGAGCUUUAUACCCAGGCAUCAAGGUAAAUGAAAGGAACAACGGGCCAACUUUGUCCAUAGGAAGGUUGUGGCAGUUCCUGCCACUACCCACACAGUGUUGGGUCCCCUCCAAUCAAUCAUCCAAGACCUGCACUCUGACGAUAAUGUAGAGGAGUCUGAGGAGGACAACGAAGCAGACUCUGACCUUGAACGGCCCAUGCACACACAUAUGACACAUUGCCACCGCAGGAUCAGCCUGAGUGAUGGUAGUGAGAGUGAAAACAGCUCUACUCCUUCACCCCUUUUACGCAACAAUCCGCCUCCUUUAUUAAAGACAAGUAAUAACCAGGCUUACCUGGAUGAGCUGGUAGAGCUGCACAGAAGACUAAUGGCACUGCGAGAAAGGCACAUAUUACAACAAAUAGUGAAUCUCAUCGAAGAGACUGGACACUUCCAUAUCACAAACACAACUUUUGACUUUGACCUCUGCUCUUUGGACAAAACCACAGUCAGAAAGCUUCAAAGUUACCUGGAAACGUCUGGAGUUUUGUAAGGCGAAGAGCUAUAGGCUGCCAGUGGGUUUGGUGAAUGUUAACUUCCUCUAACUACUAUUUUGUCUCGUUUUACUUGAACUUUCACUGCAAUGCAAACUGUUCCCUCCUUGAGUGAAACCAGUAUUCGGUUUGGGUCCUUGUUCUUUCUUUCUUUAGUCAGGAGUUGGCUUGUGAUAGACAAAGAACAGGUUUAACCACUACAUCACCCUGAAAAUUACCCAGGUUGACCAGAUCACCUUAUAAGCCUUGAAAAUUUCACAAUUCACAAAAACUAAUUGAAAACACCGUAUUGCUCUUACUUUACAUAUUGUUAUCGUGUACUGUAUGUGCGUGUUAUGUUUUGUUCUUUGUGACAUGUAUGUGCAACUGCCUUACUGCUUUAUCAGGCUAAUUUAUUGAAUUUGAGUUCCAAGUGUGUGUGAUGGCGAGAACAGAAUUAUACUUGCACCAGCACCUCACAGCAAGCAUAUCUCGUGCUGUAUAUGACAGUCAAGAUCUUUAUAACUAAAAAAUGUGAGGAAUUACUUGAGUGAAAAUAAAAUGUCAAAGCAGGGGAAGGCUCUUUCUGAGGUUAUAUGAAGUACAGAAAAGGGCAAUGGAACAAGUCAUGCACUUACAAUUGUCACAUUGAUAUCAUAAUUGUGGUAUCAAACAUUUGUAUUUAUACUGAAUAAUUAUUUCGAAAAGGUGCUGCAUUACAUAGUUAUUAGCUUGUGCUUGUUUAAAGCUGUAACUGUCCUCAAGAUGGAACAGUCAAUAAUUACUUUUUUUUAUAUACAAAUGUACUAUUUAGAGUGCAGGACAUCAGAAAAUCUUUAUUUAUUAAAUGGGGAUCUUAGUUGCCAAAUCUGCAUACAUUUGGGGAGACGUUUCUGUGUCACUUGCUAUGGUUAAUAUGUUGUCCAUAAACUAAUUUUAGGAAUUGAUUUUGUUUGAUAUUCAAAGGCUGUACCAUAUGUGGGAGAAUGCAUGCAGUCUUUUUCAGGGGCCAUGACAGCAGAAUGUGCUGUUUAACUUUGGCUUGACUUUUAUGUUCCUUAUGAGUUAUUGUAAAUCGUAGAAAAAUAUUUUUUUUAAUUGAAAAGUAAAAUAUUCAUUAUUAUGUACAAAUAAAGUAAUGAAUAUCCUGCAUAGGAAAGUGUAUUGGCACUGUGAUUUCAAAAUUGUGUUGCAUUCUUGUACUUUACUGGAAAAUAUUUGAUUGAAUGCCCUAUCUUUUCAUAUUUUGCCUUUGCUCUAUUUCCAAGCCCAAAUACAUCUGUUUUGAUUGAAAGAAUAUCAUAUAUUGUUUGUGUCUAUAUAAACUGU